UUUCAUGUCACAAUGCAGGUGUCCCUUUGUGGGUCUCUGUCCAGGGGCUGAGUGUGCUUGGAGGAGGCUGGGUCUGGCUGUGAGCUCUGGCCAGUGCCUUGUGCCUGACCUGCUGUUUGCUCUCCUUUCCCUGCAGCACUUCCCUCUCCUUGGAGUCUUCUGAUGUUGGCAUCAGUAAUAUCUCCACCCUGAAGCCCCACUGCAGCAGUUUGCUUGUGGAAACAUUCAUGCCUGUGAUCAAUGUUAUUUUGGAUGUCCCAAAUGACAUCAGCUGCCUUUUUUUCCUGCUGAGAAGCUCUAUAUAUGAAGACCUUGGAUCCCGGUGAUCUUCAGAAGACAGGGACAUUGGCUGGAGAGAGAACUUGGUCAGUUAUCAGGACCAAAGAUGUCGGUGUUGUGGACUGUUGUCCUGCUCAACAGCCUGCUGAUCCCUUCACAAGGAUUUAUAAUCCCCUUAUCGGUUGCCAGACCAGAUACAAAUGGUUUUAAAGAUUCAGCAGCCAAAGGUGUUCCCCAGAGAGCUUCAGGUGGUCUCCUUGGUGGCAAUCUGCUUGGUGGUCUCCUUGGCAAGCAUGGAGUUGCUGGAAGUCUCCUGGGAAAAGAAGGCGCUGUCAGCAGUCUCCUUGGCCCAGAUGGUCCCGUGGGCAGUCUUCUUGGCCGAAAUGGUCCUGUAGGCAGUCUCCUUGGCCCAGAUGGUCCUGUAGGCAGUCUCCUUGGCCCAGAUGGUCCUGUAGGCAGUCUCCUUGGCCAAAAUGGUCCCGUAGGCAGUCUCCUUGGCCCAGAUGGUCCUGUAGGCAGUCUCCUUGGCCAAAAUGGUCCUGUAGGCAGUCUCCUUGGCCCAGAUGGUCCUGUAGGCAGUCUCCUUGGCCAAAAUGGUCCCGUAGGCAGUCUCCUUGGCCCAGAUGGUCCUGUAGGCAGUCUCCUUGGCCAAAAUGGUCCUGUAGGCAGUCUUCUUGGCCCAGAUGGUCCUGUAGGCAAUCUCCUUGGCCAAGAUGGUCUCCUUGGUGGCCUCCUUGGAGAAAAUGGUGCUGUUGGAGGUCUCCUUGGUGGAAAUGGUCUCCUUGGUGGAAAUGGUCUCCUAGGUGGUCUCCUUGGCCAAGAUGGUGUAGUUGGUGGUCUCCUUAGCCAAGAUGGCAUCCUCGGUGGUCUCCUUGGCAAAGAUGGUGUUAUUGAUGGUCUCCUUGGCAAAGAUGGCCUUGUUGACACUCUCCUUGACACGGUCCUUGAGCUUCUCAUAGGAAAAAAUGGUCUCCUUGGCAAAAACGGUCUCGUUGGCAGACUCCUUGGCAGAAAUGGUGAAGAACUCAUUGGACUGAGAAUUGUGAACAACACCCUGCCCAAAAUCAGUCUGCGCUCCCUGCCGGGCUUUGGGCACCAGGUGGACUUCAACACACAGCUGCUGGUAGAGAGCAGCGUGCCGGGCCAGCCCCUCUGCCAGCUGGUGGAGGUAGAUGCGACCAUACUGGUGCAGGACACGUGGACACCUCAGCAGAGGGCUCUGAACUGCAAGACUGUUGACAUAAACGUCCAUGUGAGACCCAGAGUGCCAGUUCUGGAAGAGCCUUUGAAUCGCCUGCUCAGCAAUGUCCUGCAGGAUCUGGGCUGCAACAUCAUCAACGCCAGGCUCAAGGUGUUGAGCUCCCUGCUCGGCUCCAGGAACCAGGUGCUCCCACUUGGGGCUCUGGGGGACCUGCCCUCCUUCUCCAUCCUCAGUGCUGACGCCAUCCAGAUGGAUCUGAAUCUCCUCUCUGAGAGUGCCAGGGAUGGCACGAAGACCCCCGGGCAGGGAGUGCCCCUCACUGCCAGCCUGCAGCUGGCCACCGGCCGCCCUCCGCGCCUCAGCCUCCCCCAGGACACCCUCAGCGCCCUGCUGGAGCAGGCCCAGGGCCAGGCCGCCCUCAACCUCACCAUCACCAGCCUGACGGGCAGCAAUUCCCCCCUGCAAGGCCAGGCUCCCCAGAGCAGCUCGCUGACCGUGUCCGCCCUUUUCCCGUUCAUCCCCCAGCUCAGCCGGGCCCUCCCUGGCUCCCUGCCCCUGGAGCUGCGUGUCCGAGUAAGCAAGGAGCCAGUGGUGACUGUGAGGGAUGGAAGAGCCACUGUCACCCUCAAAGCCACUAUUGAUGUCGCCAGCCCUGCCCUGCAGAACCCCCAGGGGCUCCUGUUCUCCGUUGAUGCGGACAUCGUUCUGAGCAUCACCCCAUCAGUCUCUGAUGGCAAACUGCAAACCUCCCUGGCUCUUGACAGCAUCAACCUGACACGGCUCCCCGCCAGCCUUGACGCUCCCAGCGCCUCCAUGCUGGCAGAAUGGCUCAAGAAGGUCCUCACAGCUGUAUAUGUACCUUCUGUUCAAGAUGCUUUGCGUGUGUCGAUCCCACUGCCCAACGUCCUCAACGCCAGCCUCAGGAAUGCUGAAGUCGACAUCACUGAUGUGGACGAGUUUUCUGGCCAGAACACUCUAGAAAAAUCCUGCUCGAGAGGAACCUCCAUGCUGUUCCCUUUCUGAGGCAGCACAUGCCCCCCAAUCCUGCUCUGCCCCACUCUCUCCCUGUUCCUUUCUCUCUAGUGCUGCUCUGUGCUGUGCUGUGGCCUGAGCAGGAGUGGCAGCAGCCUCUGGCCAGCAUCAUGUGGGAAAGCUGCUCGGCUGGUGGAUGUUUGGGGGCUCCUGUGGCCACUUUUAAGAUCCAUAGCCAGGAGGCAGAGCUCUUAGGCACAAAGGCUGCUCUCCUAUUGCUCCUUAAAUAAAAUCUCUCACUGUCACAGUA